AUGUUCACAGUUCAACAAGCACAACAAAGUAAGCAUCCCUAUUCUACGGUCCGUGUUAAUGGAGUCCCAAUGAAAAUGAUGGUGGACAGUAGUGCGUCUGUUAACGUUUUGGGUCUUGAGGAUUUCGAACAUUUAAGCAAACAAAGCAAAGAACCAAUAUCCUUAAAAAAAACCAACACAAAGAUUCAUGCUUUUGGGGAAAAUAACCCUAUUCCCCUAUUAGGCAAAGUGGAGACACUAGUAGAAUCAAAACAUUGUAUGACAGAGGCUUCAAUUUACAUUACCGUCUCAAUAUGGUAAAUUGCUAAGUAAUACAACAGCACAGCAAUUAAGAUUUAUUAAGUUUGAUCUAAAUUCAGUUUCUCAGCAAGCAGUACAAGAGGGUGAUUUGGAUAGAAAAGCCUCGCGACAAACCACAACCCAAGUUCAGAUACCCACUACAACCAAUAACUCGACAAGUAGUAAUGGUGAGAAAAUGACAAAAGUAUGCACAAGUACGCCAGGCACAGGGCGAGUCUCGACUCUUUUAGAAGAGUACGCAGAUGUAUUUGAAGGUGUAGGGCAUAUUAAAGGGUUUGAACAAAAACUGCGCAUUGACGAUAGCGUGCCACCCGUGGUCCAAACAUACCGUAGAAUAUUUUUUAAUCUUCGUCCUCAGUUAGAGAAGUGGCUUCAAGAGUAG